AUGGCGCAGGACUCGGACGAACCCUCCGGGGCCACCCUGGGCUAUUUGGCCCCAAUCUGCGUCGCGGUCUUCUUCAUCUUCGUCUGGUACCUCCCAUGUCUCAUAUUGUCUUGCCUGUCUCCUCGUCUCAUUCUGAACAGUUUUCGAUACAGGAUUGUUUUCGGCACGCGACAGCGGUUCAGAGGACCUAACCGGCAACUUGACCCGGAGAGCUGGCCGAUGGGCUUUUCUCACGCCAUCCUGACCUCGGCAGAGCUGGAAAAGCGGUUUCCCUUGAUCAAAUUUAGGGCCUGGACAGCGGCGUCGGGCCACCAAGCAAAACAUUCUGAGAGAAGCGAGGUCGACCCAGACCGGGACUCUACGAGCCAAGCGCCAGGGUCAAUACCAGCACCAGCGUCCAAUCUGGCUUUGCCGCUUAACGCUUCAGAGAAGGAAGUUCAAGUCAGUGCGUCUGUGGAGCAUGAGGUUGCUUCCAGCCAUGGCGAUGCGCACCGGGAGUGCGCUAUCUGCAUGGAGGACUUUGAUGAUGACGAUUCCAUUCGCGCGCUGACUUGUGAUCACAUCUACCAUGCCACCUGCCUUGACCCAUGGUUCACGAAACGGCAGGCUCGGUGUCCGCUAUGCAAGACCUGCUACUAUCCUGAGAUCAACCCUGCCGUACCCGUACGGCCGGCGACUGCGUUGAUCCGUAAUCAGAUCUUCCCGCGCGUACUUUGA